AUGGCUAUAAAAGAAUGUGGCUCUCACCACAGCCACUCAUCCGGCUGCCGUAAAUUCUUUCCAGUCAUAAUACUCUUUGUAAUCCUUUUUGUAAUCAUUCUCGCAGUUUUCCUAGUUUGGGUAGUCCUUCAACCGUCGAAGCCACGCUUCUCCCUUGAAGAGGCCAUCGUCUCCAACUUCAACAUCUCCGGCAAUCCACUGAACAUCCUCAACUCAAACUUCCAAGUCUCUAUCUCCUCUGAAAACCCUAACGACAAGAUCGGUAUCUACUACGACCGUCUCAACGUCUACGCUUCUUACCAUAACCAACAGAUCACUUGGCAGACUGCGAUCUCUCCGACUUAUCAGGGACACAAAGAAACCAAGAUGUGGUCUCCUAUCAUCGGUGGAAACUCCGUCCCCGUUUCUUCGGUCAUCGGUUUGCCUAUCGUUCAAGACCAACCUGGUACGAUCGAGUUGACGCUCUAUCUCUUCGGCCAAAUCCGUUGGAAAGUCGGAAGUUUCAUCACCGGUGAAUAUCACCUCCACGUGAAUUGUCCGGCGUCUAUUAACGUUGGGAAUAGUGCUGCCGGAGUUAUGGUCGGAAAGAACGCCAUGAAAUAUAGGAUCGCCAAGCCUUGCAGUGUUGAUGUAUGA